CCAAUAUUUCACUUGAACCAGACAGAAUUUGAUACAGAUAUAUAUAAAUGGAGAUAAGAUAGAGAUAGAGAUGAGAUAGACAGAGAUAGAGGUGAGUUGUAUUAGCUGGUUUCCAGGCCUCUGUUCCAGAGACUAGUUUUAUGGAGAAGUUACAUAUGUCAUUUAAAAGAUUCAAAACUUUACAUUAAAAAAAAAUCUUGGGUGACACCACCCAAUCCUCAUGAUUAUUAAAUAUGCCUAAAACUUCGCAUUUAUCACCACUAUUUGUCCCGGUUUGUCUGACUCUCUCCCUAAAAAUAUAAAUUCAGGCAGAUAUAUUUGUCUAAGCUCCUAAUCAAGACUUAAUCGUCAUUUAGUACAGUAUCUUAUUUCUUGGCCAACAGUCUGAUGGGAUGGACUUGGUUCUUCUGGCAUCUAACUUCGUGGCGAUACGGUCAAUGUCUGUAGUCCAAGACUUGUCUUCCUCCUUUCUGUUCUCUCUCGAGCAAGAUUUCCAUUUUCUAAAAGCGAGCCUUCUUGCAUUUAAUAGCUUCGUUUUCACCGUCUUGGAUUUGGUGACACUGUACAAAUUCUUCCCUGACCUGACCUGCAAUAUGCAACUUUGGUGCCGAAAGACGGAGGGAACGGAGGUCGAACGAGCAACAUCGAUGGUUGGGGGGAAAGCCAUGGAAGGUGGAAAGAGUCGCUGCGGCUGGAGGGGGGUUCCCUUUUCCUUCGUUCUGGGCUUCGUCCUCGCGCUAGCCCCGCCGGUUGCCCAGAGCCGGAGUCUCCGCUUCGUUACGUUGCUGUAUCGUCAUGGAGAUCGCUCUCCCGUCAAGGCAUACCCCCGAGAUCCCUAUCAAGAAAGCGCCUGGCCCCAGGGCUUUGGACAGCUGACUCAGGAAGGAAUGCAGCAACAGUGGGACCUGGGCCAAGCUCUUCGCAGGCGUUACUAUGGAUUCCUGAAUGUUUCAUACAAUAGACAAGAGAUCUUUGUUCGCAGUACAGAUUUUGAUCGGACCUUGAUGAGCGCCGAGGCAAAUCUGGCAGGACUGUAUCCUCCAGAAGGGCAGCAAGUGUUUAACCCCAAUAUUUCUUGGCAGCCUAUCCCUGUACACACUGUACCUGACCACAUGGAGCAGCUCCUGAGGUUUCCAUUAUCUCCCUGUCCCCGUUAUGAGCAACUGCAAAAUGAGACCAGGCAGACACCAGAGUAUAUAAAUAAGACCAUCCAGAAUAUGCAAUUCUUGAAGAUGGUGGCAAACAUGACAGGAAUUCAGGAUGUUUCCCUUGAGUCUGUCUGGAGUGUGUACGAUGCACUCUUCUGUGAGAAAACGCACAAAAUGCAUCUUCCAGCAUGGGUAACUCCUGUGGUGAUGACCAAACUGAAGCAGUUAAAAGAUUUCAGUUUUAAUUUCCUUUUUGGGAUCCAUAGACGAGUGGAGAAAGCUCGUCUGCAGGGUGGAGUUCUUCUGUCUCAAAUAAGAAAGAAUCUUACCUUAGCUUCAAAAGUCUCAGAAUCUCACCACCUUAAAAUGCUUAUGUACUCAGCGCAUGACACCACUCUUGCGGCACUGCAGACAGCUCUGAAUGUUUACAACGGGAGACAAGCACCAUAUGCUUCGUGUCAUAUAUUUGAACUGUACCAAGAAGAUGAUGGUAACUUUUCAGUGGAGAUGUUCUUUCGGAAUGAGAGCAAGGAGGAGCCUUAUACAUUGCAGCUGCCCAACUGUGAACGACGCUGCCCCCUGCUGCAAUUCCUGCAACUCACAGAGCCUGUUAUUUCACAGGACUGGAAACAGGAAUGUCAGAUAGUAAGCACAAUGGAAGACACAGAACUUAUUGUGACUUUGGCUGUCUGUGGAUCUCUCCUCUUCUUACUUACCAUUCUGCUCCUGACUGUACUAUUCCGUGUAAAGUCCCGGCCUCUUGGCUACAGACAUGUUUCCAAUGAAGGAGAGGAACAGCCUUGACAAUUGCUUCAGCCCCUCCUGAUGCAGCAAGAGGAAUCAGCGCUGAUCUCAGGGACAGAUGGGGCUUCACAUCUUACUGACUGAUUUUGAUCACUGCUUCUAAAGCAGAAGAUCAGGGUUGACAAUGCAGGUGUUACAACUAGCAGAUGCAUUCUAUCUACCACAGCAUAAUGCAGUCAAUCACUAGGAGUAAAAUGCCAGCAUGGUCUUGGAUCGCUGUUUCUCAAUGUGUGACUAGUUCAACAAGGCAGAUAUGUUUUUCUUCUCUGAACUCAAUAUACUAUCUGUAUGUUUAAAAUGUUUAAAACUGGUACAGAGAAGUGGCCCACUGCUCCUUAAAAAGCCUUGUUCAGUCUAGUAGUUGCCACUUGUAAAUCUCUUCCACACUGUGAUGGUGGCAUCAUACGAAACCAGCAAUAACCGAUCGCUUCAACUGAGUCAGUGAUUGGGAACCAAAUGAUGGUCUCCAUUGCAGAAAACAGUCAUAGGAUGAAACCUUGAAUUCACUCAGUAGAAACUGCCAUAAUGGGAUUUACUUCCAAGUUAACAUGCAUAAAAUUGUGCUAUAAGUACUUUACUCUUAGUCUUUAGAUACUCAGAGAUAGAACAUUAGGAUUAGAUUCCUCCCCGCCCUCUGUAAUGGGAAAGAGGAUGCUCAAAUACAUGCAUUCAAGCCAUUAUUUACAAACCUAUGAUACAUAAUGCACAAUAUUCUGGACCAGAAAAAUGUUAAAAGAAUAUGUGCUUUAAAAACACACUUAGACAUUCAAAAGUCUUAUAUCAAAUACCUGUGGUAGAAAUAGUUAUGCCUCUGGAUUUACAUUCCUAAACUUUAUUUUGAAAUAUGCUGCUGAAGUUAAAGACCAGAUACUGUAAGUGAGCAGAUUUGGGAGAUCAACAGGUCCCAAAUCAUCCCUUGAGUGCCCAUUUCAUUCCACUGAUGCUGGUGCCACAAAUUUUCUCUUGGCUCUCGCUUAAACGCUUUUCCUUUUCCCCCGUUUUUUCAUUGCCCUUCACUAAUUGCACUUCACCUCAAAUUGUAUACUCCUGCAUUACACAAUACAACACAGCACAUUUCUCUCCAUGAGGAGAAAAAUAUUACAUGUACUACCUCAUCAGAAAUAUAUAUGGCAUGUAAAAAUCACAAAGGCAGAGGCUCUACUAUAGUAAAUUCAAAGAUUCACUCACAAAGGUGUAUAGCCAAUUUCUUAACUAUAAUCAAAAUGCUAGCUCACAUUUCAGAAAAAAUAGUGCCUUCUUUAGGCCUGAAUUCUGUAUGAUCAGAAGUGUUUCUGAACAUGUGCAAUGUGUUUCCUUCAUCCUUGAAUAAAUAUAGUUUAACUGAAGAUAAGAAUCCAUGGCUUAAUUGCCAUAUAGGCCAGAAAACCAGCACUUUUUUAAUUAAAAAAAACCUUCUAAUUUAUUGCUCCAAGCUUUCUAACAAGUUCCACAAAAAAUCCUCUUUUUUAUAUUUCCAAGCAGGGCAAUAUUCUACCAUAUGGAUACUCUUUUAUCUUCACCUGAAGCUCAGCCGAUCAAUUCAUUUGCCAUAUCAGGACAGGUCCCUUGUCUUCCCACCCUUUAAAAAAAAAAAGAGAGAGAGAGAUCCACUUUGUUUUUCCUUAAAACAGAUUUCUUAAGAAGAGCUAUAAUGGCUGCUGACCAUAAUAAAUACAUCUAAGUAUCUAAAAAGGCCAGGAGAUAGUAAGUAAAAAUUUCAAUAGUAUGUUUGCUUUUCCUGGGCUAAAACAGUAGCAAUUCUACUCAAAGGAGACACUGAAAAGUCCAGCCUAGUCAUUACAAAACAUUUCACAUGUUACAUUUCCUCUAAAGACACAGUAGUAUCCUGUUGCCAAAAAGUACAGAGUACAAUUUGCCAGAAAGUUAACCAAUUCCAUCUGAAGUUGUCUUUCUCUAUUUUUCUAUUGAACACUAACUGUAUGAUAUGUCUCCUGCAGGGCAGGAUGGAAGACAGAGCCAAGAGAAAUUCAGAUAAAUCGCUUCCAGAAAUGAGUCAAGUCAGUUAAUAUGCCAAUUUCUUGUAGGCUAAGUUCUAAACAAAAUGAGAAAUAAUCAGCUUUGGUACAAAAUGAAGAAAAACUAUGAUUUAUUCCUUGAGACUGAAUGUUGCUGUAAUUCACUUGAUCACUUUCUUAGUCUUUUCAUUAAAAACCAAGGUGGGACUGGA